UGUUUCAGGACGUUCCCAAGGGGCUCGUGAGGAGGGUUUAUAAUUAGCUUGCGUCUAAUCUCUCUCCCUCUCUCUUUCACACUCACUCACUCACACUUUCUCUCUCUGCUGUUAAUGUGAGUGUUUUACUGUAGUAAUGAUGGGUAAAACUGAGUUACACUCUGUAUUUAAGAACAUCCUGGAUUGUUUCUGCCUCUGUCUGUCUAGAUGUAACGGUCGUGUGAGGUCGUGGACUGUUAAAGACGAUGAGGAGAGUCAUCUGAUCUAUCGGCCGGGUGAUGUGCUGCUGGACAGAUAUGAGAUUUUGGAAACACUUGGAGAGGGAACGUUUGGGAAAGUGGUGGAGUGUAUAGACCAUCAGAGGGGAGGAUCUCACAUCGCUCUGAAGAUCAUUAAGAAUGUGGAGAAAUACAGAGAAGCUGCUCGUCUGGAGAUCAAUGUUCUGGAGAACAUCAAACAGAAAGAUCCCGAUCAUAAGACAUAUGUGUCAGUGUUAGUGAAUUUGUGUGUGCAGAUGUUCGACUGGUUCGACUAUCACGGCCACACGUGCAUCAGUUUUGAGUUGCUGGCCGUCAGCACGUUUGACUUCAUGAAGCAGAAUCAUUACGAGCCGUACACCAUCAGUCAGGUCAGACACAUGGCCUAUCAGAUCUGCCUCGCCGUCAACUUUCUUCACAACAACCAGCUGACGCACACGGACCUCAAACCUGAGAACAUCUUGUUUGUGGAUCCUGAAUACACGGUCACAUAUAACUUAAAGAAGAAGAGAGAUGAGCGAUGUGUCAGGAACACUGAUGUGAGGGUGGUGGACUUUGGCAGUGCCACGUUUGACCACGAGCAUCACAGCACUGUUGUUUCCACCCGACAUUACAGAGCACCAGAGGUCAUUCUGGAGCUGGGCUGGAGUCAGCCGUGUGAUGUCUGGAGUAUCGGCUGUAUUCUGUUUGAAUACUACAGUGGAUAUCCACUCUUUCAGACUCAUGAUAACAGAGAGCAUCUGGCAAUGAUGGAGAGAGUACACGGACCAAUUCCUUCUAGAAUGAUUCAGAAAACAAGGAAGCAGAAAUACUUUAAUAGAGGUCGAUUACACUGGAGUGAUGAUACAUCAGCUGCACGUUAUGUGAGAGAAAACUGCAGACCCCUCAGAAGGUGUGUGUUGUGUGAUUCAGAAGAUCAUCAUCAGUUCUUUGAUUUAUUGGAGGGUUUAUUUGAAUAUGAACCGGAGCGUCGUCUGUCUCUCUCUGCUGCACUCCAUCAUAAGUUCUUCAGACCCUUCAGCAGUUACAGAUACAUGAGCUGUUGACCUCUGAACUCAAGCAUCUGAACUGAACCUCAUAAAUGUCUGACAAUCAGUCAAAGAUGGAGGUGAAGUAAUGAAGAUUGGAUUCUCUGAUGAUUGUUGAAUUCAACUGGCUUUUUUUAUUUUGACCAACAGCUUCACAGCGUCACGUGGUGCAGUUUUAGCAAAGUUGUGAAAAUGUUUAGCACACUUAGGGUCAGAUUAACUAACAGCUUGCGUCAGUGUAAAGCAUCAUUUUGUCGUUAAAUAACAACUGUCAGGAUUUACUAAAGUGGAUUAUUAGCGCUGUAAAGGUGUGAUGUAGUUAUUUUUGCGACUGAUCUUAUUGCUUAUGCAUUUCUACAAGUUUCCCUUUCAGACGCAAAAUUUAUGGGAGGAGAUUAUUUACACAACACAAUUUAUAAUGUUUGCGCGUGUCAUAUUACUGUAUUUGCGCCAUUAUUUAAUGCCGUCUUAAAUCAUUUUGUGCUUGAAAUGUCUGCAAUUGUUGCUGAUAGCAGAGGCCAGCGUUGAUGCCAGUGUUUAUAGGUCAAACCGAUAUCUGAUAAUGGGAAAAUGCUUAAAUAUCAGGGAAAAUAUCUGGAAACAGAUAUACUGGUCGAUCUCUAGUAUGAGUUUAUUUGUAAUGCGAGAGGAAUAUAUUAUUCAAAAAUUAUGCUUGCCAAGUGAUGUUAUUUUUUAUUUGCUAGAGGAAAUAAAAGAGGAGAAGUCACACAAUAACAGGUGUUUCAAAACUUCUCCUAAACCUUCAUCUUUUUGUCCUCCAGUUCUUUUCAGUGUCUCUAGUCUUGGCUUUGUUGGCUGUGAUGUCUGUGGUGCUGAGCUCAAGCUCAUCAGGUGUUAGUAGAUCACCUGCACCUCAUCAGCUUAGCUUAUUUGUAACCCUGAACUAAUUUGCGCUGCUCUUAGUAGAUUGUCUUGGUCAUAAUGAAAAUCAGCUGUUGCACCUGCGUUAUUUAGUUUGCACUUUUUUACUAAAUAACCGGCAGAUAUUACCACUUGCAUCAGUGCUUUUUUGGAAUAGCGCUCUUGUGCUAAUUUGCGUUUAGUAAAUCUGGCCCUAGGUGUUUUAACCCAGCAGAACUCUGUUUAUUUUAUUUUGUUUAUUUGUAUAUUUUGGUUGUUUCUACAAUUUUAAAUAUGGCACAUGUUUAUGAGUUUUGUUUGAAAUGAAUAUAGUUGUAACUACUGUAAAUGUUUUGUAAAAUAAAAUAUGCUUUAUAUCAC